AUGUCCAAGCUUUCAUUUUUGUUUUUACUUUCUUGCAUAUGUCACUUCCAUGUUCAUGCACAGUCAGACGUCUUAGACUCAUUGCCAAGUGUCCAAGAACCGAAUUUGGUCGACGAGCUCACUUUACACACGCGAAACGACCCAAAAUCCCAAGCAUCACGGAACCCAGACUUCCCUGUAGCAAACCUCUCAGACUGGACAUUGUCCAAUAACACAGAGCUUCCAUCAUCAAACAUUACCGAGCUGCAAGCAUCAUCAAACCUCACAGGAACAACAUUAACUCUUAACGUCACAAGCCCACACUCGCCAGCCGUCGUAAAAAUUAAACUCAGGCCAUUGAUAUUACCUCCUGAAGCUAGCGUACUGCCAAAAAACAACGAGUCAAAGAUCUUGAAGCCGAGUUUGGAAAAUAACAAUUUACGACAUCCCGUCAAUGCAACCAAACCAUGGGACACAACGAAACCGCCAGUAGGCGCUCGUGUGGUCAGACAGGACCCGCGCGCUGGAGAAUUUGGAACUAUACAAGCGGCGUUAUCAUUCUUGAAAAAUCUCACAGCACAAGCUCAAAAUGUGACCCAAACUAUCUUUAUAUAUCCCGGCACGUACAACGAAAAAUUGAUUGUCGACUAUAAAGGGCCUUUGAAAAUGGUGGGAUAUACCGUAGAUAGGCAUAACUUCAGCCAAAACUUGGUCAAUAUCAAUGGCUCAAUGGGUGCUCAAAAGGCAGGGAGCAAUGAGCUGAGUGCCACUGUAAGAAUAAUUAAGGACGAUUUCUCCAUGUAUAAUAUAAAUGUCUACAAUAGUUAUGGGCACCAAGGUCAUCUCAGCCAAGCUAUUGCACUUUCAGGGACAGGGUCAAGACAAGCAUACUACGCUUGCAGUUUCUUCGGGUAUCAAGACACCCUGCUAACCCUCAAUGGAUACCAUUAUUAUUCGGAAUGCUACAUUCAGGGAGCCGUAGAUUUUAUUUUCACACAGAAAGCAGUAGUUUGGUUUGAAAAAGCUACAAUUGGAAGCGUUGCACCCGGCGUAAUAAGUGCAAAUGGAAGAAACGAUGCGAUAAACCCUUCUCGCUAUGUAUUCAAUAGAGCUAAAGUCAUCUCGAAAGGUGCUGCUAUAGGCUCGGUUUAUCUCGCAAGACCAUGGGGAAACUACUCACGAACUACCUUCCAGUUCUCUUACCUCUCAGAAGUCGUCAAUCCGCUGGCGUGGCGUGUAUGGCAAGACGGGGAUACUCGAACUAAUCAUGCCAGUUAUACAGAGUAUCGAAACCAUGGGCCAGGCUCUGUCUUGUUUCCACCCAACUGGAAUUACACUCUAACACACAGUCAAGAACCUAUCGAUGUAGGAAAGCCUGUGAAUGGGAGCAAGGUACCUGUUGUGACUCCGCCUAUCGUAGAAAACGCCACCAGCUUGGGAGUACCACCUGGUUCGCGCGCAGUAUGGGGUAAGGAGCGUGCGCGACCUUGCAAAAUUACGCAAGUGCUUGGUAAAGAUUACGCAAUUUGGAUAGAUCCCGACUUUGGUGUCGACCCAUUCUCAAGUGGCAACACCGAAAAUCUGGCAGGGAAACCAUCUUCAAAUGGCACCACCAUCAAUUUGGGCGGCAAAGAGACUUCAAAUGUCACUGCAUCAACUGUGACGGGCAAAGAUCCUUGA